AUGAAAAUUAAAUGGUGUCUCUCUCUCUCACUGGGAGUUACAAGUUGUUUUGGAAUGGCCAAAAGACAAAAUAGAGUGAGAAUCUUCAUACGGGAAUCACUGGCACAAAAUGUACCGGAGGUGGUUCGAAUCAGCUCACGCCUAAUGCUGAUUAAACUCAGAAUGGGAAAACAGGUUCUAACUGUUUUCUCUGCAUAUGUACCACAAAACAGUGAAUCUGAAAAUACCAAAAAUGACUUCUGGAACACACUCUCAGAUGCCGUCAGGAAAACACCAUCAUAA